AUGACACAUUGUGGGCCUAUAGAACAACUUUCAAGACACCAUUGGGGAUGUCACCAUAUCAUUUGGUGUUUACCGGUGGAAUUUGAGCACCGUGCUUAUUGGGCUAUUCAAAUACUCAACAUGGAUUUUCAACUUGCAGGAGAAAAGAGAUUGUUGCAGCUGAAUGAAUUAGAAGAGAUGCGCUUACUCUCUUAUGAAAAUGCCAAACUUUACAAGGAGAAAAUAAAAAGAUGGAAAGACAAGCAUAUUCAACCAAGAGUGUUUGAAGAGGGCCAGCGAGUUUUGCUCUUUAACUCGCGUUUGAAGCUAUUUCCAGGCAAGCUCAAGUCAAGAUGGUCGAGUCCAUUCUUGGUGGUUAAGGUGUAUCCCUAUGGAGUGGUGGAAUUGUGUGAAGAAGGCUCUGGAAGAGAAUUUAGCGUUAAUGGCCAAAGACUCAAGCACUAUUGGGGAGAGGUUGAGCGAAACAAGUGCUCAAUCUCUUUGAAGGAUCCUUGA